GUGGUUCAGCAACCGAAGAGCGAGAUGGCGCAAGCAGGCAGGAGCGAACCAGCUUGCAGCUUUCAACCACUUGCUGCCAGGGGGAUUCCCACCGACAGGAAUGACGACCCUCCCUCCUGACCAACUGCCAGACUCCACCUACCCGACAACCACCAUUUCCCAAGAUGGGGGAAGCACAGUACACAGACCCCAGCCCCUGCCACCAUCCACCAUGCACCAGGGAGGACUUGCUGCAGCUGCCGCUGCCGACACCGGCUCUGCCUAUGGGGCCCGACACAGCUUCUCCAGCUACUCAGACAGCUUCAUGAAUGCUGCAGCUCCUGCCAACCACAUGAAUCCUGUUAGCAAUGGCCUCUCUCCACAGAAGCAGGGUGCCCAAAACAAGAUGCAGUGCUCCAGGUGGAACCUCACCAUAGCCUUGAACAAUCAGGUGAUGAGCAUCCUGAGCAACCCCAGUGGGGUUCCUCCACAACCCCAGGCUGACUUCUCCAUCUCUCCCCUUCACGGUGGCUUGGACACCACCAACUCCAUCUCUGCCAGCUGCAGCCAGAGGAGCGACUCCAUCAAGUCCGUGGACAGCCUCCCGACUUCCCAGUCCUACUGUCCUCCCACCUACAGCACCACCAGUUACAGUGUGGACCCAGUGGCUGGCUACCAGUAUGGACAGUACGGACAAACUGCUGUUGAUUACUUGGCCAAGAACGUGAGUCUGUCCACACAGCGCAGGAUGAAGCUGGGAGAACAUUCAGCCGUUCUGGGCCUCCUACCAGUAGAGACAGGCCAAGCUUACUGAAGAGUCCGACUGUGCCAACAACACACUCCAGCAACUUGGUAGCACUGGAGAAACACCACCAGCCUUCCAGGGAUCUACCUGUACCCAGACCCUGCUCCUUCCCAAUUCCCUUCCACCUUGCACCAACUUGAGCUGUGAAGGAGACGGGAAAGAGGGGAAAGGCUCUCCAGCUCCUCCUCAUUCCAGAGGCAAGCCUGGCCUCUGUGACCUGGCUCCUCCUGUGGCCAGAGACAAUGGGUUGGGUACAUUUAUUAACCCCAAGUUCAUGCCCUCCCUCUAACCUACCUGGCCAUGGCAUUUUGCCCACGCUUAAGGACUUUUCCAUUGAUCUAGGUAGUUGGCAUAGUCAAAGCCAAAAUGAUCUUUUUUUUCUUU